GAGGUCAGAGCCUGGGGCUGGCUCCACCUAGCACUGGCCUGCUGUGGUGUGGGUGCUUAAGUGGAAGCCCAGGAAGGGACGCAGGGAAUGUGCCCGGGUUGAAGCCGUGGAUCUAACUGGAGGGCCGCACUGCAAGCUUCGAAGGGGACAGAGGCAAGGACAGGACGCCCUCAUCCCCAUUCCUGGCCAGAACUGCGGAGUCUGGGUGUCAGGAUUGGGAGAGGGGCCAGAAGAUGGGUAGUGGGGAGAGAGGGCGGUAGGACCCGGAGGGAAGCUUCCUUACCCGGGGAGGGAACCAGGCGGGAGGAAAGGAGGGGCGGGGGAGAGAGAAAAGGGGAAGGUGAUGGGGAGCGGGCGCCCGCACUUGCCGAGCAGCAAGAGUUGCAAGGCUAGGGCAGCCCGGACCUGGACUCUAUAAAAGGAGUCCAUCUGCUGUGCCGCUCACACGCUCCUCCGGGACUGGCGCACGCUGCGUUCGUCCAGCUCCCUAAGACACCUGCCCCUUACCCGCGUGCCGCGCCAGGUCCCCCAGACCCGUGCACCCAGCAGCAUGGCUCCAAGCGGUGCCAGUGGGUCCGAGGUGAUGGUGGCAGUGGCGGCGCGUUGCGGGCAGCCGCAGCCACAGCCCCAGCCCCCGAGUCCCCCUUCUUGCGGCCCCGUCUCCGCGGGGCAGCUAGCCGGAGUGGCCAGCGCGUGAAAAGAAGGGAGGGCAGAGCUCCGGAGCGAGGCGCGGCGCAGCGCGGCUCCCAGACUUCACCCCACCCAGCUCUGGCGGCCAAAGCAGCCGCAGGAAACUGCCCGAGUCUGGGGAGGGGGCGGGAAUGCAAGACCAGGACUCCUGGCUGGCCUGCCAGCUUCGGUCUCAACAGCCAGGAAACUCUUGCGGGCCGAUUCUGCAGAUCAAGGAGCGCCUGGGUUAGGAGACUCAGCCCGGAGCAACUGGGGUAAGAGACCCCACCUGGCUGAUGCUCCCUUCUCAAACAAUACAUCACCCUCCGCUACUAGACGCCUUGAGUAGGAUCCGGAGUGGAGCUGGGCUUGGUGGGCCAGUCCUUAGCAACCCAGGGCUAAGACGGGGAGUGGAGAGGAGCAGGCAGAGCCGCGGCGGCAGCGCCCGGCGCACUGGAAGUGCAGAAGACGCGCUCGUCUGCCUAGGCUGCCGCACCCUUGACCUCUAGUUUCAGCUGGGAAUCUGGGUGGAGGAAUAAUUGAGAAUCCCACGGCACUGACUAGCAAUCGAGAGACAAGACUGUGGUCUCCUCCGCGGUCCUUCCGCCCUUUCCCUCGUUCGCUCCAUGCCCGAGAGCUGCGCUCCAGAGCCGUGUAGAGGAGAGACAUGGAAGAAACCAACACUCAUUGCGCCCCACCGCCGCCCGCGGGCUCCCAGACCGGGGUUUCUCAAGCCAACCUCUCCUCCGCUCCCCCCAAUUGCAGCACCGAGGGCUAUAUUUACCAGGACUCCAUCGCCCUGCCCUGGAAAGUACUCCUGAUCCUGGUGCUGGCGCUCUUCACCUUGGCCACCACGCUCUCCAAUGCUUUUGUGAUUGCCACUGUGUACCGGACCCGGAAGCUGCACACCCCAGCCAACUACCUGAUCGCAUCCCUGGCGGUAACCGACCUGCUCGUAUCCAUCCUGGUGAUGCCCAUCAGCACCAUGUACACGGUCACCGGCCGCUGGACGCUGGGCCAGGUGGUCUGCGACUUCUGGCUGUCGUCGGACAUCACCUGUUGCACAGCUUCCAUCCUGCACCUCUGUGUCAUCGCCCUGGACCGCUACUGGGCCAUCACGGACGCUGUGGAGUACUCCGCUAAAAGGACUCCCAAGAGGGCCGCGGUCAUGAUCGCGCUGGUGUGGGUCUUCUCCAUCUCCAUCUCGCUGCCGCCCUUCUUCUGGCGUCAAGCCAAAGCCGAGGAGGAGGUGUCGGACUGCAGGGUGAACACCGACCACAUGCUCUACACAGUUUACUCCACGGUGGGCGCUUUCUACUUCCCCACCCUGCUCCUCAUCGCCCUCUACGGCCGCAUCUAUGUGGAAGCCCGCUCCCGGAUUUUGAAACAGACGCCCAACAGGACCGGCAAGCGCCUGACCCGAGCCCAGCUGAUAACCGACUCCCCCGGGUCCACGUCCUCGGUCACCUCCGUUAACUCCCGGGCUCCUGAUGUGCCCAGCGAAUCCGGGUCCCCUGUGUACGUGAACCAAGUCAAAGUGCGAGUCUCUGACGCCCUGCUAGAGAAGAAGAAGCUCAUGGCCGCUAGGGAGCGCAAAGCCACUAAGACCCUGGGGAUCAUUUUGGGAGCCUUUAUUGUGUGUUGGCUGCCCUUCUUCAUCAUCUCCCUGGUGAUGCCUAUUUGCAAGGAUGCCUGCUGGUUCCACCUGGCCAUCUUUGACUUCUUCACGUGGCUGGGCUAUCUCAACUCCCUUAUCAACCCCAUCAUCUAUACCAUGUCCAAUGAGGACUUCAAACAAGCGUUCCAUAAACUGAUACGCUUUAAGUGCACAGGUUGACUUGUCAGUUGCAGUGGGGUAGCCUAAGCGGCCCUUGGGGACCAUGUUGUGUCUGGUUCCACAGGGCAAGAUUACACAACAAAAGAUGAAAAAUGCAUUAUCUAAAUAAAAAGGAGUAGCCCUGAAGGAUCAUCUGCACAGAAAACAAAAUAUGUAUGUGGAGCAUUUUGUAUGCCAAAGAAGAUUUACACUCCAUUCUUCAGAGAGCUUUCUGCAGUGUGAUACCUUUUGUCUGCAGAAGCAAGUUGUCUUUGUAAAAUGGAUUCCUUCCCUGCUUGAAGCUCCCCAGUCCAGACUCUCAGACAAUAGAUGUAUUGAGCUGAAGUACACUGUUUUCCUACUGUGCAGAUCUUCACUCUGGGGUAAUGACUCUUGAAAAUACACUAUUCAAAAGUUCACACAUAAACUAAGUAAAAAGGGGAAUUUUGAUCAACAUUUACACCUGCCGUUGGAGUAAAAUAAAAUUUGAGGCAUUGGAUAAUCCCUAUGUUUCUGUUAUAUCCCCCAGGUUUUUGUUUGUUUGUUUUGUGACAUUUCUCCUAUGGAGAAAUCUAGCUUACUAUUGAUUGGAAUGUGCAUACAGCACAGUAUUUGUGUUUAUGUUAUUAAUAUGUUUGUCUUUUGUCUAUGCAGCUGUGUUUUCUUUGGGCCUAAGAAACAAUUAAGCCAACUUCUAGGAGCCUGAGGGGGAAAAUUAAUUGAAAUAAAUAAAUAAAUUGAAACUUGCAAAUGAGUUCUUUCUAGGGAACCUACAAUGAUUGUGUCCUCAUAUUAACAAAACAUGGUCAAUUUAGUCACAUGGACUGUUUGCCAUUUGUAGAUUACCCACUUACAGUUUUGCUUCAUUAUUUGGCUGAAUUGACUGAAUUUGGGGCAUAUUGUGUGCAGUAGAAGCUUGCAAACCCUUGUAGUUAUACGAGAUCUAGACUCAUCAUCCAGCAUCGCAUAUGAUAAUGCAAAGUGUAUCAUUCAUCCCAGGGAUAUGUAGUUAACGACUGUUACACUCCUUCUCUGUUACUGCUGCCUAUAGCAUUGUUUGUUCAUCAACUAGACAUAUGGAUUUUUUGCAGAACAUAAAAUGGGAGAUGGAAAUGUUCAACUUGUAUAGAAAUGAAAAUACGUCUUCAUUGGCUGUGGUAACAAAUAACAUUUGCCAUAUUGUUUAAUUGCACAAAGAUUCACACAAAUAUAUGAAUGUAUACUCAUUCAAAAAUACCAAUGUUGUCUUGUGUUUCUAGCAAUUUUAGAGUUUCCUUUAAAAAAAAUGGACACGGUACCCAUGAAUAAUGGUUAUUGAGUUCAACAAAUUUCCUACAGAACAAUAUUCUUCACUUUUCCUAUUAUCUUAGUUUUAUCUUCUUUAACCAGGAAACCCUGUGAGGACUAUAAUUCAUGCAAGCAGUAAAAUCUCAGAUUAUGUGUAUUUGAUGGAGUUGCUGUAACUAAAAAUUGCCUUUGGUAUUCCACCUUUCAACAAAUGUGUAAUUGGAAAUGAAAUUUCAGAGAAUAAUGAAAUAAAGUCCUUUUCGUGCUCAAAAAA